AUGGAAGGACCGCUUUCUUCCAACCAACCCUCUGCUUGCAUGACAUCAUUGUGCCUGUUCAAGCGGAUGAGUCACAACACACGCCAACCAUCCGAUUUCCAGGCUAUCAAUGGAGUGGACCCCAACCUCUACGUAGUUCCCUUGAUGGUGCUCACUCCCAUAAUCAUCACCUCGAUGAUCUACCGCAAGUUAGGCUGUAUCGCAUGUGCCGUGCCGUACACUAUGGGCAUUGGUGUAGUCGUGGGUCUCUUUCUCAUUUCGCAGACCAUCACGGAGCGCGUCUUGCUUGCAGAUCAGUUCUUCCGUCGACACAUACAGCAUACCCAUCGAGCGAGUGUGCGCUCGCAAACAUGGGCAAUGUACAAGACUGCGGUGAUGCUUUCAAAGCCACGCAUCCAGAAUAUCUCCGAUGCCAUGUGCAGGGCGAACACGAAGGACAAGGAAAAUCCGCAAGAGGCCGCCCAGGAGCAGUGGUAUAUAGCCGAGGACAGCAACGGCGGCUUUGAUGUAGUGGACAGGUCAACGGACUGGGACGGCAAGACCACAGAGAGCAGAUCGACCUGGGACAUGCUGAUCUUGCUCGGCCAGGUGUAUCGACGGCCGUCCCAACCACAGAUGCUCGGUCAAUGA